GUUUUGAUUUGUUUUGGUCAGUGAUGGCAGGAUUUGCAUGAACUGGGACUACAGAAAAUGGUCUAUAAGUUUGAAGAAUUACUGAUGUUUUUUCUGUCCAAUUUCUCUUAUCAGUGUUGCUUGUAACAAUCCUGGUAGUGGAAGGCAUUGCCGUUGCACAGAAGACACAAGGUGGGCAAAACAUUGGAGUGAAUCGCAUUCCUCCCACUCAGUGUGACAACUGGGUCCGGACCAGUAAUGGAGGACAUUUUGCUUCACCAAACUACCCAAACAUGUACCCACCCAAUCAAGAGUGCAUCUAUAUCUUAGAAGCUGCUCCACGACAAAGAAUUGAGUUGACCUUUGAUGAACCCUAUUACAUAGAACCCUCAUUUGAAUGUCGGUUUGAUCACCUGGAGGUUCGAGAUGGACCUUUUGGGUUCUCCCCUCUCAUUAAUCGUUACUGUGGUCUGAAAAGUCCUGCACUAAUUAGAUCAACAGGGAGAUUUAUGUGGAUCAAGUUUAUUUCUGAUGAGGAGCUGGAAGGAAAGGGAUUUCAAGCAAAGUACUCAUUUAUACCAGAUCCUGACUUCACUUACCUAGGAGGUAUUUUAAAUCCCAUCCCAGAUUGCCAAUUUGAGCUCUCAGGAGCUGAUGGAAUAGUACGUUCCAGUCAAGUAGAACAAGAAGGAAAAACAAAACCAGGACAAGCAGUUGACUGUAUCUGGACAAUUAAAGCCACUCCAAAUGCUAAGAUCUAUAUGCGAUUUCUGGACUAUCAAAUGGAGCAUUCCAAUGAAUGCAAAAGGAACUUUGUGGCUGUGUAUGAUGGGAGCAGUUCCAUUGAAAACCUGAAGGCCAAGUUCUGCAGCACGGUGGCCAAUGAUGUCACGCUGCAGACAGGGACAGGAGUGGUGCGGAUGUGGGCAGAUGAAGGCAGCAGACUGAGCAGGUUCAGAAUGCUCUUCACUUCCUUUGUGGAUCCUCCCUGCUCAGGCAACACUUACUUCUGUCAUAGCAACAUGUGCAUCAAUAAUUCUUUAGUCUGCAACGGCAUUCAGAACUGUGCAUACCCUUGGGAUGAGAAUCACUGCAGAGAAAAGAAAAAAGCUGGAUUGUUUGAACAAAUCACCAAAACCCAUGGGACAAUCAUUGGCAUCACAACAGGGAUAGUUUUAGUUCUUCUCAUCAUUUCAAUUCUAGUGCAAGUAAAGCAACCUCGCAAAAAGGUUAUGGCUUGCAAAACUGCCUUCAAUAAAACUGGUUUCCAGGAAGUUUUUGAUCCUCCUCACUAUGAACUGUUCUCACUAAGGGACAAAGAAAUUUCUGCAGAUUUGGCAGAUUUAUCAGAGGAACUUGAAAACUAUCAGAAACUGCGCCGCCCUUCAACAGCUUCCAGAUGCAUUCAUGACCACCACUGUGGCUCCCAGGCCUCCAAUAUCAAACAGAGCAGGACCAACCUGAGCUCCAUGGAACUGCCCUUCCGCAAUGACUUUGCGCAGCCCCAGCCCAUGAAAACAUUUAACAGCACAUUCAAGAAAAGCACUUACACUUUCAAGCAAGCUCAUGACUGCCCUGAGCAGGUGAUAGAAGACAGGGUGAUGGAGGAGAUUCCAUGUGAAAUUUAUGUCAGAGGAAGGGAAGAUACAGCACAAGGUUCAUUAUCUAUUGACUUUUAACUUCCUGCUGAAGGUGGUAUCAGUGUAUAUACAAAAUGCUCGUGUACAAUGACAGUGUAUAUAUUAAAAGUGUACCAUAUGCAGCGUGUGAGAUGCACACACUUUUAGCUUAUUAUACUUCAUUUCAGAAAACAAAAUCAGUCUUCAUAAUUAAUUCUUGCUGAAAAAGUGGUGGAUUUCCCCAAGCUACCUAUCUAGUGGAGAAGUAAGAUGGAGACUUUGCAUGGAAAUUUUAAGAUAGGAUGUUGGAAGAAAAAAACCCUACAACUACUAAUCAUUGAACAGUGAAAGCAAUGACUACUAUUCUCUUCUUCGUACCAUUUUCUCUUCUUUAGAUGUCUGCUUUUCAAGACAGUUUUAAUACCUCACUUGCAUAAAUAAAAGUAGUUAAGUGUA